AUGCGACUUCUGAGUUGGAAUUGUCGAGGUUUGGGACGGUCUCAAGACUCGACAAUUCCCCGUCUCAAGGAGAUACGUAAAAUCUAUUUCCCUGAGAUUGUGUUCUUGAUGGAAACUAAGCAAAGUAAAGAUAAGGUGGUUGAUUUGAAAGUGGUGUUGGGUUACGAUAGAGUCAUGGUGGUGGAUCCUAUUGGGUUGUCAGGUGGCUUAGCUUUGAUGUGGAAGCGGGAAGUCAGUGUGGAGGUGAAAUUUGCUGAUAAGAGCGUAAGGUUCAGAGGUCAGUGUUUCUUUGUUACCUUCGUCUAUGGUGAGCCAAGUCAGCAAGGUAAGAAGAAGGUAUGGGAGAGGUUAAUGAGGCUGGGAGCUGGAAGGAAGGAGAGUUGGGGUUUGUUGGGAGAUUUUAACGAAAUCCUGCACAAUGGUGAGAAGAUUGGAGGUCCGAACAGAGGAGCUAAUUCUUUUUUGGAUUUCGCUCAAAUGAUCCAAGUCUGCGAAAUGAAGGAACUAACUGGGUUCGGUGAUAGUUUUCCUUGGGCAGGAGUAAGAUAUAAGAAGUAUAUCCAGUGUAAACUUGAUCGUUGCUUCGGUAACAAGCAAUGGAGGAACGUUUUCCAGAACUCAACUCAGACGUUCAUGGAAAGGCUAGGGUCGGAUCACAGACCAGUUAUGGUUAAUCUGAUGAGUGAGCAGGACAGUAGAAGAUCUGAUUUUCGUUUUGACAAAUGGAUGGUGGGCAAAAACAGAGUGGAAGAAACGAUAGGGGAAACAUGGAACAGAGCCAGAGGGAUUGGGAACCUAUCUAUUGUGGACAGCAUAGGUGCUGUUAGGAAGUCUCUUGGCAAGUGGAAGAGAGACAAUAAUCUUAACUCUAAUGAACACAUGAAGAAGUUAAGACAUGAACUGGAGCUGGAAACGUCUUCUACAGCCCCUUGCUGGGAACGUGUGGGUGAGCUAAACGUUGAAAUUAAUAAAGCGUUUAAAGAAGAGGAAGAUUUCUGGGUGCAGAAGAGUAGAGACAAGUGGUUAGUGGUGGGAGAUAACAAUACUAGUUUCUUCCAUGCCUCUGUAAAGGCAUGUCGUCAACAGAACCAUCUAUCCAAACUUGUUGAUGACGAAGGAACAGAGCAGAGCUCGCUACCUCAAAUGGGGAAGAUAGCCACUGACUACUUUGAGAAGCUUUUCUCUUCUUCUGCGUCGAAUGAGAUUAUGGGUUUCUUUGCUAGUCUAGAGCCUAGGGUGUCAGAAAAUAUGAACCGUAAGCUGAUACGGGAGGUCACUGAUGAGGAGGUGAGAUUGGCUGUCUUCUCAAUCAAACCGUCCAGUGCUCCAGGCAGUGAUGGGAUGAAUGGACUGUUUUUUCAGGAGUAUUGGGGAAUCUUAGGAGUGGAGAUUGUGAAAGAAGUUAAGGCUUUUUUCAAUACUGGUGUGUUUCCAAUGGAGUGGAAUUUCACACAGAUAUGUUUGAUUCCAAAAAUCACAAACCCCACCUCUAUGGUGGACUUGAGACCGAUUAGUCUCUGUUCCGUGCUAUACAAGAUUGUGGCUAAGAUAUUGGUAUCGAGGAUCAAGCCUCUCUUGGAGCAUAUUGUUUCGCCUAACCAAUCUGCUUUUGUUCCUGAGCGCUUGAUAUCAGAUAAUAUCAUCAUAGCCCACGAGAUGAUACAUGGGCUGAGGACGCAUGACAAGAUAUCAAAGGAGUUUAUGGCAAUAAAAACUGAUAUGUCAAAGGCAUAUGAUAGAAUCGAGUGGAACUACUUGGAAGGUUUGAUGAUUGCGAUGGGGUUUCACGCUAAAUUCAGGGAGUGGAUCAUGUUUUGUGUAUGCUCGGUCUCAUACACGGUGCUCAUCAAUGGCGAGGAACAAGGGAAGGUCUUACCAGGUAGAGGUUUGAGACAAGGAGACCCUCUGUCUCCUUUCCUUUUUGACCUAUGCACUGAAGGCUUAUCACAUCAGUUAAAUGAAGCAGAGAGAAGAGGUGAGAUAUCAGGGAUUAGAUUCUCUGAGGAUGGUCCUGCGAUACAUCACUUAUUUUUUGCGGAUGAUUCUCUUCUGUUGCUGAGAGCUAAUGAGGAAGAGUGUGGUGUGGUUUGCCGGAUCCUCAAGGCGUAUGAGCUCGUCUCUGGUCAGAUGAUUAGCCUUACAAAGUCAGCCAUUACUUUUGGCAGUAAGGUGGAGGAUGGAAUGAAAGUGAAGAUCAAAGAGAUAUCUGGGAUAACAAAUGAAGGAGGCACUGGCAAAUAUUUGGGCUUACCGGAGUGUUUCAGUGGCUCUAAGGUAGCUAUGCUACAGUAUAUACACGAGAAGAUGACGGCUCGUUUUCAGGGGUGGUAUGCUUUCUUUUUGUCUACUGGGGGGAAGGAAGUACUACUCAAGUCUGUUGCUAUGGCCAUGCCCGUGUUUGCAAUGUCCGUUUUCAAACUUCCGAAAACUACUUGCAAAAUGCUUACAAGUGCAAUGGCUAACUUCUGGUGGAAUGCACAAGAUGGAAAAAACAAGAUGCAUUGGGUCUCUUGGGAUAGGAUGUGUCUUGAUAAGAAAGAUGGGGGCAUGGGUUUUAAGGAUUUGGAAAAAUUCAAUCAGGCCCUGCUAGCCAAACAGGGUUGGCGUCUUCUUAUGGACCCAAACUCUCUGUGUGCACGAGUGAUAAAGAGCAGAUACUAUCCCACUGGUGACUUCUUAGACGCAAAGAUUGGGAGCAGACCAUCAUAUGCUUGGAGGAGCAUGUUAUUUGGUAGAGAGCUGUUGGUGAAAGGUCUAAGAAGUAAUGUCGGGUCUGGUAAGAGCACUUUGGUUUGGACUGACAAAUGGCUCUUUGAUAAAGAACCUUUAGCGCCAAUGAGGAAACAAACCUUUUUCAAUGUAAAUUUAAGGGUGUGUGACCUCAUUGAUACUCAUACAAGAACUUGGGACCGAGGAAAGUUGGAGGAGGUUUUCUUCCCAAGCGAUAUUGAGUUGAUCAUGAAGAUGAAGCCUGCGUUUGGAAAAGAAGAUUCCUACGAGUGGGUUCACAACAGAUGGGGGGCAUACUCUGUUAAGUCAGGGUACUGGUUAGCUUGCUCGACUGAUAAAUCUGCUGUAAGGGUUGAGGCACAGAGUAAGCCAUCUCUGAAUGAUGUGCGAAGCCAAGUUUGGUCAGUGAACACUACUCCAAAAAUAAAAGUGUUCAUGUGGAAAGCUUUGUCUAAUGCACUUGCGGUUUCUGAGGAGUGCAUCGCAAGAGGGAUGAAGGUUGAUCCUCGGUGUCAAAGAUGUGGAGACGAUGGAGAAUCCAUAAACCACGCUCUGUUUUCUUGCCCUGCAGCUAGACUGGUGUGGGCGACAUCCGGGUUCCCGUUCCCACAACGGGGUUUUGAGAACAGUUCUUUGUUUGAAAACUUUAGCUACUUGUUGAGUAUUGGGAAAGAUCCUCGAGUGCCAAAAGAAUUUCGGCAGGUUUUUCCUUGGAUACUAUGGAUGCUGUGGAAAAAUAAGAAUGCCUUCGCAUUUGAAGGGAAGGAAUAUGCAGCAGAAGAUACAGUUGCAAAGUGUCGAGAGGAGGCUACACGCUGGACUGAAUUAACGGGUGUAGCCAAGGCGGAAGAAGCUAGACGGAAUCAGUGUAAAAAGUUUGAUGCGAAGUGGAGGGCUCCAGAAAGAGGCAGACUGAAAUGUAAUAUAGGGAUCUCGUGGUGUAGGAAGACGAACUUGGCUGGUAUGGGUUGGAUUGUUAGAACAAGUUCGGGUGACUCUGUUUUACAUAGUAGAAGAGCUUUUAAUGGUGUCUCAUCGCUCUUGGAGGCUAAACGCUUGGGACUUAUAUGGGCUGUAGAGAGCAUGAUUUCUCAUAAACUACACAAUGUGCCAUUUGAUGUGGAGGAUAGGGAUCUGGUGGCCUCGGUAAAUAAGCCAAAGUCUUGUCCAGCGUUGCGAGCAUACGGAGAGGAGCUUAAAGAGAUUCUGAACGGGACUAGUGAAUGGGAAAUGGAAUCAGUAUCAGGAAAGGCAAAUAUGGUGGCUUUUAAGAUUGUACAGAGCGUAACAGAGAAAAAGAGAUUUCAAUCUUAUGUAGCACAAGGGAGUCCUUCUUGGCUACGGAGUUUACUUGUGGAGGAAGGUUUGAGGUCUCGAGAAUGA